GGGGGAAUAUGGCAAAUGACAUCGCCUAAGCUUAACUGGCCUAAGCUUAAGGCGAUGCCCCCCUUCCAUGCAUUCAUUCAUCAGGGGGAUUUCCAUCUGACACAGGGAAACAAGUUAGCUCAAGAAAUUGGUCAAUCUUCUUCUUGGUUUGCUGCGAAGAGGGAGAAAAUGGCAUCCAAAAGGGCCUUAGUUGUUCUUGCUAAAGGAGCUGAAGAGAUGGAGGCAGUUAUAUCUAUUGAUGUUCUCAGAAGAGCAAAGGUAGAUACAGUCGUGGCAGGUCUGCAUGGUUCUGAGGUGGUGACAUGCAGCAGAGGAGUUUUUGUCAAACCAGAUAUCAGUCUGGAAGAUGUCAAAAAGGAAAUGUUUGAUGCAGUUGUGCUUCCUGGUGGACUUGAAGGUGCUCAAAAUCUUGCAGAAUCAUCAGUUGUGAAGGAGAUCCUUCAGUCACAUGAAAAAGAUGGAAAAAUUGUUGCUGCAAUAUGUGCAGGCCCUAUUGCUUUUGCAACUCAUGGAAUUGGAAAAGGGAAAAAGAUUACAUCACACCCAUCAGUUAAAGAAAAAUUUGAUGGAUACAGUUACCAAGAACAAACAGUUGUCACUGACAACAAUAUGAUCACAAGCCGAGGUCCUGGCACAGCAUUUGAUUUUGCUUUUGAGGUUGUGAAUGCUCUCUGUGGGGAAGAAACUGUAAAAGAAAUGAAGAAGCCCAUGCUUAUCAAUUAAACAUUCCCAUGAAUUGCUGCCAGUAUUUCAUUUCUACUUGCUGACCCAAGGUAGUGACCUAGAAUUGAUUGCAGAUAAGUGCUGUUAUCAAACAUUCUCAUUUCUCGAAGGAGAAAAAAUUAAGAAUACUUUGCAAAAGAUAAGCUGUAUGUGUAGAAAUAUGAGAUUUAUUGUCAAAAAUUUUGAUAAGAUUUGAUUACCAAA